GCGCUCGCCAUCUUUGUUAAGGGCACAGUCAGUCACUCUCUCGGCGUUCUCGCCCUCACCCAAAAUGUCGCCUUCCACUUCAACAUCCGGGGGCGGCACCUAAAAUGGCGGCGGGCGGCGCCUGCGCGUUAGAAGGCGGCUGUCAGGGCAAGGCCCGGGUGCUUCUUCUAUUGUGUGCCUGAGCCAGGAUGGAGCCGGAGUCUGCCCUGGAAGGAGACGCCGAGGGCGGUGGGGGCAUGGCGGCCUCCCCCUCCUCGGCGCCGAGCUCGGGGCUCACAGCCUCCCAGCGCCGGGCCGAGAUCCGCCGGAGGAAGCUGCUCAUGAACUCGGAGGAGAGGAUCAACCGCAUCAUGGGCUUCCACCGGCCCAAGGCGGCGGCGGAUGAUGACAGCCACUCAGAAGCUAAACUUAAACUGGAAUCAGAUAAACCAAGUCCUCUUCCAGUUCCUGUUUCCAAGCGGGUUGUGCUUGGGGAUACUGUCUGCAGUUUGGCAGGAACAGCUGACCAUGCAGGCAGCAUAGGGGAGCACAAGGGAGAAAAAAAGGACAUGUUUAGCAAAUCUCCUGAAGCUGGUAGUGAUGGCACAAGUGAGCUCCGGCAGCGCAGCAGAGGGGAUUUGAUGGAAGUUCCUCAGCGAACACCUCGCCAUGGCUUAGACCAGUACUUGUCAAGAUUUGAUGAAGCAAUGAAGCUAAGAAACCAGCUAAUGAGUGAGAAGCCAAGCCAGGAAAAUGGAAAUGCAAUGGAGGAAUUUGAUUCCUUCCGCAUUCUUAGAUUAGUUGGUUGUGUACUCCUUGCCAUUGGAGUUAGAGCCUUUGUGUGCAAAUAUCUGUCAAUAUUUGCUCCCUUUCUUACCUUACAACUUGCAUAUAUGGGGCUGUCCAAGUAUUUCCCAAAGAGUGAAAAGAAGACAAAGACUACAGUAUUAACAGCUGCUCUUUUGCUCUCUGGUAUCCCUGCAGAAGUGAUUAGUCGUUCCAUGGACACUUACAGCAAAAUGGGGGAUGUUUUUACUGACCUUUGUGUCUAUUUCUUUACUUUCAUCUUCUGCCAUGAACUGCUUCUUUUUUUUGGUUCAGAAGUACCUUGAUAGCGGUGGAACUCAGUGUGGUGACUUCGACAGGACUGCAUUGAUUUUGUUCUUGAACAUGUCUCUGGAUAUAUAAACAGGGUUAUCCCAUUCUUACUUGUUUCUGUGCAGCCUAAGCACCCUUCUGAAGAGAAGGGCAUGGUCCCAGCGCUGAAGCUGAAUUACUACUGUUUGAAGACAGUGCACGAUGUCUUAGAUACAGAAUAUACAUAUCAUUCCGAGUGCAGAGCCCUUCUGUUAUACUAGAUUAUUUCCCUUCUUUCCCCUUGUUCAAGGCAUCAUCUUCAGUUGUGAUUUUUUCUCUGGUUUCUUAGUGUGAGAACAGAGGACAACUGAGGUCUUGUGCUUGGCACAAUAACUUUAUGUUUAAUGACAUGGCUCCUGCUGCAAAAAAGAUGAGGAACAAUUUCUACCAAUUCCAUUUUACUGUGUGCUCUCUGAAAUCUGCCCUGGAGAUUGGGGGUACCUUCUGGAACACUGUAAAAGGGAUAAGGGGAUUUUCAGGGCAGAGGAAAUAAGUGUAAAUGGCUUCUUCCCCAUAUCCUCUAGUAGGAGUCCUGUCCCUUCUGUGAAAGGAAGCAGACCUAUUAUUCAUGGAAAAAAGUACUCUGGAUCCACCCAGAGGUAUUUUCUAGGGGCUAUUCAUACUACUAGAUUACUUUAAACAGCUCCAUUCAUAAUUUUUUAGCCAUUAGAAUAUACUGACAAAAACACUCUCAGCCCCCAGAAUUAAGCUUGGUGUAGUUCAUAAUUUAAUUCCUUUCAUGAAGGUGUUAAUGUUCUAUUUCUUUUAUAAUAAUUGGGAAGGAUUGAUUGGAAAUGUGAAUUCCAGAUCUUAAAAGACUGAAUUGCAGUUUGUGUUACCACUGAACAUGCAUUUUUCACCCAAGUAGGAAUCCAAACAUUGUUUAUUACAUGGUUUAAUGCAAUGUGCUGUUUUAAGUGAACACUGCAAGUUAAAAACGGCUCUUUGGUGAUUAGACUUUUGUACUUAACAGUGUCAGUUUUAUCCAUGACUCUGUUGUUGUUGUUUAUUACCAUCCAUAGACCCAAAAUUUACAUAGUUGUUCUUAAUUCAUUGUAGGGUAAGCCAAUACAGGCCUUUCAGUCAUGUUUCCUACAUUUUUCUUCCUAAGGAUAUGUGCAUAUGGAGUUUGGCCUCUUUUGCCUGGACAUUUUAGGAAAUCAUACAUUUAUUUGUAAUUGAGAAAGAGGGUUGCUUUGUACAUUAAAAAUUAGUCUUUGACCCCAGUUUCAGUCACUGCCUUGUAUGCAUUCUAGUUUAUAAGAUGGAUAGCACAGAACAUAUUGAAUUUCUAUGUUAAAAGGUGUACUGCAAAUAGGUUCUUAUAACAAGACCAGAAACAAUUACUUGACGCUUUUAUCAUUGAGAUCAGUGGGAUAAUUUAUGCUGCUGAAGCCUUCUGUCUUGUGGUCAGUAACAUACUUUUUCUUGCUUUUAACGGAGAGUCUUUUAUGUAUUUAUAUUUCAGGUAAGGAAGUUAUCUCCACACAUUUUCGGAGUCCUUUUUGUAAAUCAUAAUUGUUGUACAUAAUGAAAAGAUUGAUACUUUUUUUUCUUGAUCUUCUUCAGUGAUAAAGUCAUAUUGAAGCAAGGGCAGGUGCAGAUAUAACACCGAACAAAAAUUGAGAGAGUGUGCACGCACAGAUCUUUUUACUUGUGCGAGAACAUUUUCCUAUUUUCAUCUACUCCAGUGGGGUGCAUGACUGUUGCCAUCACUGUUCAAAACAGUACAGAAACUGCUGCCCAUCACAAGGCCAGCAUGUAGUCCUAUGUUACAACAACCCUUCAAUUAUGGGUUAAUUGAAGAAUCAGACCAUUAUGGUCUAGUUGUCAUUAUUCUAAAGAAGGUAUGAGCAAUGUGUGUUCCUCCAGAUGAUAUUGGACUGCAACUCACAUCAGCCUAAGCAGCACAUUUGAUGGUGAGGCAUGCUGGGAGUUGCAGUCCAAAAACAGCUAGUGCUCUAUAAAUUGUACACCUCACUUCUAAUUUCUAACAGAUUAAGAAUUUUCCAUUGUCUCUUGACAUAGAAAGAACUAAUGUCCAAAUAGCCUACCUAAACAAUUUUGAAAACUGGCAUGCCACCAUGGAGUCAAUGAAUCUGUGUGCCACCUGACUCUUACCUAGCCAAUGUCAAACCUCUACAGUCUAAAAUUAUUCAUCUUUUUAGUGGUAUUUCUGCUGGGAAUCAAAACUGCCUGUUUCCAAACAGAAGACUAGAUCCUAACUAGUGGUAGAUGGGGUUUUUGGUAACUUUCCUGGACUAUAAUUUUAAUCUUGUAUAAAAUUGAAUUGAAUUUCAUUGUUCUGAUUACAUCUGUUACAUAAGAAAUGUGUCUUGUAGUGAGAUUAAUAAAAAAAAGACUUAAACUCACAGUUUUGCCACAAGGUAAGACUACAUUCAUUUUUAAAAAGCAACAUGGGAAAAAAAGCAUUUAAAAACCCACAGACCAGAAAAUGUACUAAAACCUGUCUUUGAAUUUGGGUUCUUUCUAUGCCAAUAUUUCCUUCCUCUUUAGAUUUUGGCCUUGAUAUAUUUUGGUCUGUCCAAUAAAUUUUUUCACUACAGUAACGUGGUCAGCUUUUAAUUGUACAUGUUAUGUUCUCCAAAUACUGAGGUCUCAUUAAGGUCUCGUUAUAUCUCUGUCAUAUUAAAAAGUCUUAUUUAAAGAUAAUGGAUAAACAUCCAAACUUUGAAAUGGAGAAUUCUGUGUGCCUAAUGGCUUCCACAGAUUCAUCACAGAAAUCUCCAAAGUGCUCUGAACCCUUCAUAACUCCUAACAAACAGUCUCAUUGUCCAAGUUAACACUAUUAUAAUUAGCCUGCAUCUAAAGUCCUGUAUUUCAAAUGUACUUUUAAAGAGUGACACACACAAAGAGAGAUAUGAAUCUAAGAUCCAGUCGGAUUUUUUUCUUAAUUAAAAACCCCAAUUUCAGGAGCAUGGAAGUUUCCUAUAUUGCCCUAGUCUCAACAUGAAAAGUGAAAUAUAGGCUGGAAUAACUGCUGAAUAGUCAGAAAGUGUUCUAUUUAUGUCUUCUUGGAAAAACUGGAGCUCCUGUAUGUAAUAAACUCAUGUGGCCAUGUAUGUUCUUCAAUAUAAUUAUUUCUAUGCUGGUACUAAUAAAUUUAUUAAACUUA